AUGCGGGCGGCGGGCGGUGUGCAUGCGGUGCAUGCAGCGGCGCAGGGGCACUACGGCGUGCCACCCGCGACAUAUAUGUCGGAUCCGGUCAUUCAGGAGUCGCUCUCGCCGUUCUUCCAGCCCGUGGGGAUCGACGUGACUCGGCUGCCACUGACGAACCCGCCGAUAUUCCAGUCAUCGCUCGCGUCAUACAACGGCCCCCCGCAGCGGCGCCGCAUCUCCAUAUCCAAUGGACAGAUCGGACAGUUGGGGCACAUGGGCCAGCUGGACGACGAGGACGUGAUGGAGAGCAUAUACGAUCUGCAGCCGCCGCCGCUGCCCCAGCGCCGCAACGGGGCGAAGCCGUUUUCGAAGCCGGUGGUAUCGCACGAGCAGUUUCUGGCGAGGCAGCACCCACCGUCAUAUCAGGCUGCCUAUGUUGAUGUCGCGCCGGGCAAGCCGGCAGAAGGCCACGGGGCCGCCUACGCCGGGAGCGUAUCUUCUGCUCCGCUCCAUCCCCACCCUGAGCAGCCCCUGACUCGGCCUGCACACGUGCUUGAUGCCAUGGCAAGUGGGCCGGACUUCCCGCGUGCUGCAUCCUCCUCGUCGCUGCCCACCCUGUAUGACGCGCCGCCAGGAACUGCGGCCUGGAAGCGUGCGCGCUUGCUUGAGCGCAACCGCAUUGCCGCAUCGAAGUGCCGGCAGAGGAAGAAGAUCGCGCAGCUGCAGCUGCAGAAAGAUGUGGAUAUUCUGACGAAAGAGAACAAGGAGAUAAGGCGCGAACUCGAGUACUACCAGAAGCUGGUAUCGAAGUUCAAACGCUUUAUUGAAUUGCAUAUGGAAACGUGUAAUGGAAGCAAUGGCGGUGUGCAGAUAAUAGAGGAGAUGUUGAAGAUUGAUCACAGUAUAGUCGGCCAAGAAAAUGACAGUGGAGAUAAGCGUGACACUUCCGAAGAAGCACCAAUCUGA